AUGGUGGGUGGUUCAGUUCACUUCAAGUGCGAUCGUACGGGUCAUUAUAGUAGAGAUUGUACUGCUACCACCACCACCCUAGGAUCUGAUCUGAUUUACUUCCAUUGUAUUUAUAGGGGGAACAACAAGGCACAAUGUCCGAGUUUGGCUGCAGCAGGGCUAGUGUCAGCACCCUCUCCUGCGACUCUUUGGAUCACUGACGGCCGCCAGGGCAAGGCGGAUGCACAUGUGGUGAGGAGAACGGCUUUCCAGUUGACGGUCGAGGAGGCUCGCAAAGCACGAGAUGUAGUGACGGGAUCAUUCCUUGUGAACGGUAUUUCUGUUGUGGUAUUGUUUGAUUCGAGGGCUACCCGAUCCUUUGUAUCACUUGCGCUUAGGAUGAGGGUUGCUGGAGCUCCGGGGGAGCUAGAUUAUCCAUUGGAUGUCGAGAUCACGGAUGAUAGAUUUGUUCGGGUUGCAAGGGUUCAUCAGGGUUGUACUCUUCAGUUGUUUAGUAAGGAGUAUUCGAUUGAUUUGGUUCUCAUUCCUUUGUGUGGGGACAAGGUUAUUAUGGGUAUGGAUAGGUUGAGCCCCAAUAGGGCGGUGAUCGAUUGUAACCAGCGGUUGGUCUGGAUUCGAACCCCAAGAGGGGAGAGUUAG